GGGAGCGAAUAAAGGCCGGAGUCUAUUUCUGACACCGGCGUGUUCUGUUGCCGCACAUUUGCGCUUGCUGACGACCUUGCUCCUGAUAUAAUUCUAUUGUUUUGCGUUUUAAUUUGAUUUCGUCCCGCCAUUUUGCUGUGCGCGCUUUGACGCCGUUAUGUCAGGUGUUGAAGGUUCCGAACAGACGGGAUGACGCCUCUGUCUCCGGCACAUCAUCGAUCCAUAAGCCUGCCGUAGGUGGAGUGUGUGUGUGUGACGAUAAAGAUGGAGUUCAGGAGUGAGGAGAUGUGUCUGGCCCAGUUGUUCCUGCAGUCCGGUUCCGAAUACGACUGCAUCAGUGAGCUCGGGGAACUGGGACUAGUGGAAUUCAGAGACCUCAACCCAAGUGUCAGCACCUUCCAGAGGCGCUUUGUCAGCGAAAUCAAGAGAUGUGAGGAAAUGGAGAGGAUUCUGGGUUACCUUCUCAGGGAGAUCCAGAAGGCCCACAUAGCCGUUCCAGAGGACGACGAGAGUCCACUCGCACCCCCACCCAGACAAGUUCUGGAGAUCAUGGAGCAGCUCCAGAGGCUGGAGAUGGAGCUCAGCGAGGUGGCGAGAAACAAAGAGAAGCUGCAGAGAAACCUGCUGGAGCUCACCGAGUACACACACAUGCUGAAGAUCACACGCACCUUCAUCCACAGCAGAUCCAGGCAUGAGGCUCUUGGUCCCCAGUAUGAAGAGUUCCCCACCAUGGAGACGGAGUCUGUGACGGGAAGUACUGGGAUGCAGAGGCUCGGAGCCAAACUGGGGUUUGUGUCCGGACUGAUCCAGCGUGUGAAGGUGGAGGCUUUCGAACGCAUGCUGUGGAGAGUCUGUAAGGGUUACACCAUCCUGAGCUACGCAGAGGUGGAUGAGAAGCUCGCCGACCUGGACACGGGUGAGAUCAGCAAAAGCGUGGUGUUCCUUAUCUCCUUCUGGGGAGACCAGAUCGGACAGAAGGUUCAGAAGAUAUGUGACUGCUACCACUGCCAUCUUUACCCCCACCCUGAGAACGACGAGGAGAGGGCUGACGUGAUGGACAGCUUGAGGACACGCAUCCAGGACCUGAACAAUGUGCUGCAUCGGACUGAGGAUUACCUGAGACAGGUCCUGCAGAAGGCGGCGGAGUCGGCGUACAGCUGGGUGGUGCAGGUGAAGAAGAUGAAGGCCAUCUACCACAUCCUCAACCUCUGCAGCUUCGACGUCACCAACAAGUGCUUGAUUGCGGAAGUCUGGUGUCCAGUCAGUGACCUCGCCAACCUGCGGGGGGCGCUAGAGGAAGGAUCGAGAAAAGGUGACGCCACGGUGCCGUCGUUUGUCAACCGCAUCCCAAGUGCAGACACUCCACCGACGCUCUUAAGAACCAACAAGUUCACAUGUGGAUUUCAGAGUAUUGUAGAGGCGUACGGUGUUGGAGACUAUCGUGAAGUCAGCCCAGCACCGUACACCAUCAUUACGUUCCCCUUCCUGUUUGCCGUGAUGUUCGGCGACUUUGGUCACGGGAUCAUCAUGAGCUUGUUUGCUCUGUGGAUGGUGUUGACAGAGAAAAAGCAGAAGAGAAAACGCUCCAGUAAUGAAAUCUGGGUGAUGUUCUUCAGUGGUCGCUACAUCAUCCUGAUGAUGGGCCUGUUCUCUGUUUACACCGGACUCAUCUAUAAUGAAUGUUUCUCCAAGUCUCUGAAUAUAUUUGGUUCCAGCUGGAGCAUCAAGGCCAUGUUCGCCAGUCAGCAGUGGACAAACAAAACACUUCAGAGCAACAUUUUCCUCACCUUAGACCCAAACGUCAGUGGCGUUUUUACCGGACCGUAUCCAUUUGGCAUCGAUCCAAUUUGGAACAUGGCAGAGAACCGGCUGUCCUUCCUGAACUCAUACAAGAUGAAGAUGUCAGUCAUCAUCGGUGUCAUCCACAUGAGCUUCGGGGUGGUGCUUAGCGUCUUCAAUCACUUGCAUUUCCGGCAGAAGUUUAACGUCUACCUGAUGUUUCUACCCGAGUUGCUCUUCCUGCUCUGUCUCUUCGGAUACCUGAUCUUCAUGAUCAUUUACAAGUGGCUAGCCUUCUCAGCACGGGACUCGAACCAGGCCCCGAGCAUCCUCAUCCACUUCAUCAACAUGUUUGUGAUGCAGGGGAAGGACAUCACCCCGCUCUACCCCGGACAGAUGGGACUUCAAGUUUUCCUGGUUUUGAUCGCCAUGUUGUCAGUUCCUGUGCUGCUGUUGGGGAAACCGCUUUUCUUCUAUUGGCUUUAUCGUGGAGGCAAAGGUCUUAGAAGGCGCAGGGGGUAUGAGAGGGUGAGGCGAGCAAGUGAGGAAGACAGUUCUGCAGUUCCCUCGUAUGAAGAAGAUGAAGAAGACGGAGUGGAGGAAAUGAAUGGCAGAGAAAUCCUCCCUAAACAGUUUGAUUUUGCAGAUGUGUUCUUGCACCAGGCCAUCCACACCAUCGAGUACUGCCUGGGCUGCAUCUCCAACACGGCGUCCUACCUGCGACUCUGGGCCCUCAGUUUGGCUCAUGCACAAUUGUCAGAAGUGUUGUGGGCCAUGGUCAUGCGAGUGGGAUUUAAGAUCACCACCAAAGUCGGGGUUGCUCUUCUGGUCCCUGUCUUUGGCCUGUUUGCCACGCUCACUGUGUCUAUUCUUCUGGUCAUGGAAGGAUUGUCUGCUUUCCUCCACGCUCUCCGCCUCCACUGGGUGGAAUUUCAGAACAAGUUCUACCACGGGACUGGGGUCAAGUUUGUGCCCUUUGACUUUGCACUUCUGCCCUCUGUUUUUGAGCAAGACGGCUUACUUUAAGAGCAGAGGGAUGCUGGCUGGAAGGUGGAAAAUCACUGUGAUACUGACAACUGAAGAAAGAAAAUCCCUCUUGUAGCAACAUUUUUCAAUGUUUUACACCUGUGCUGACUGCCUUACUACACUUACCCAGCAAACCUCCCAGUAUACUGAGGUUGAAAUUCUUCAUUUUAUUUGCAUUUUGGAGCCAAUAUAUUAUUUGAAUUUAAUCAACAUUGGACACCAAAUGCACUGUACUGUUUUGUGUUAUUUACAAGGUAUUCCUAAAGAACAUUUACAGUACAGUGCACUGUAAGAAUAUGUUCAAAUGAUAUUUAACCCCCACAAGCAUUCUGAUGUAGUGCCAUAGAGAUUUGCUUCUGAUUACUAUGUGGGGAGAUGCCAUUGGUGGUGCUGUUCAAAUUCGUCUUUGGAUUCCGUCUGUACCUCGCUCUGUCCAGGAAAAGCCGUCCUCAUUUAAAUCCUUACAGAUUCAUCCAACGCUACAUGAGAAAGCACUUUGCGAAACAUGAUUGUACAAACGUUUUUCCACUAAGGGUCUUGAUAAUGCCAAAUGAAAAUAAUCUUCAACUGUUUAGCUGUUUGCCUAUUUAUUCGUUAUUGCAUUUAAGGAAUUGUACUCCUGACUUAAUGAUAUCAAGCGCCCGGUAGUUUGUUUUUUCUCUCUGCUUUGUUGAUGUGCUUAUCAUGUUUAUAUGACUGUUGAAUAUUUUACCAUUUUAAUGUGUUGAUUAAAAGGUUGAAGCAUUGA